GUGAAGCUUCUGCUGAACGUCAGUCCUCUUACGGUUGAUAUCAUCUUGUCUAUUGGGUACUUCUGAUUUGUUCUCCUGCUGAUAAUCCUGCUCUCCACUCCGCUUUUCACUCGCGUGGUCCGAGACAUUGUCGUCUGUGACGAGACUGAGAAACCGGCCGGAUUUCUCAAAUGACACUGCAGACACUGCGCUGGAAUCCAACUCGUACCAUGGUUGAAUAACACGUGCUGGAUUAGACACUAUUAUUUACUCUUCGAAACACUGACCCGGGCGUCGUUGCCCAAGAGCUCUUUUUCCGGCCUGUCUGUGAAUAGUACAUAUACACUUCCGCUGUGACAACUUCCUGUCUCUCCUUCAAGCAGCUCGAGGAGCACGAAAGAAGACGUGAACGAGAUGCCGACUCUUUCACUGAUCAAUUUCAACAUCGUCUGUGCGACGUUGGGGGGGUUCAUAUCGAUCUUUGGGCUGGUAUCUUACCUGUUCAAGGAGAGAUUCUACCUGUCGGAAGCACUGAUCUCCUUGCUAGCCGGUGUGGUUUUCUCUCCAGCGGUAGCAAACUUUAUUAGACCCUCAGAAUAUGCACUAGGCUCCGACCAGAACCUGGAAGAGAUCACCCUGUAUUUUACCAGGCUCGUCCUAGGAGUCCAACUGGUCCUCGCCGGGGUCCAGCUCCCCAAGCGUUACCUCCAGGUGGAAUGGAAAAGCUUGUCUCUUCUCCUGGGCCCCGGCAUGAGCGCCAUGUGGAUGUGUAGCAGUCUUGUCAUUUGGGCCAUGGUCCCAAACCUAUCGUUCCUGCAUGCGCUCUCGAUCGCCGCUUGUGUGACCCCGACCGAUCCCGUUCUGUCGAACUCGAUCGUGAAAGGCAAAUUCGCCGAUAAGAAUGUUCCCCGGCCGCUGCAGAAAAUCAUUGUCGCUGAGUCUGGCGCUAAUGAUGGUCUCGGGUAUCCGUUCCUCUUUUUUGGGAUGUACCUGGUCAAGUACACGGGGAUGGGAGGCGCCGGACAGGUCGGCGGUGCGGGGAAGGCCAUGGGUCUUUGGUUCUACGAAACGUGGGUUUACACGGUGAUUCUGAGUGUGAUCUAUGGGAUUUUUGUCGGCUGGUGCUCCAGGGAGCUGUUGCACUGGGCGGAAGAAAAGCAUUACGUUGACCGGGAGAGCUUCCUGGUCUUUGCCAUUGCCCUUUCGUUGUUCAUUGUCGGAACGUGCGGUCUUAUCGGAACAGACGACCUUCUCGCGUGCUUCGUUGCCGGAAAUGUUUUCACCCAAGACGACUGGUUUCGCCUCGAGACCAUGGACGAUUCGUUGCAGCCAACCAUCGAUAUGCUUCUUAACUUGUCCAUUUUCAUCUGGUUCGGCGCAGUCUGCCCGUGGUCCUCCUUUCUCAAUAACGACAUCAUCCCCCUCUACCGGCUAGUUUUCUUGGGCGUAUUGAUCUUGCUCGUGCGGCGCAUGCCGAUCAUCUUCGCCAUGCACCGGUACAUCCACCAGAUCGAACACAUCUACCACGCUGGUUUUGUGGGAUUCUUUGGCCCGAUCGGGGUUGGAGCGGUGUUCUACCUGUCGAUCAGUCGCGAGUUUCUCCGCGAGAUCAAGGUCAAUGGCGAGGUCCGCGAAGACGCCCACCGGCUGUCGGAAGCGGUGAAUAUCAUCGUCUGGUUUCUUGUCGUUUGCAGUAUUGUGGUCCACGGUCUAUCCAUUCCCUUGGUGAAAGCCGGGUACAACCUCCCGCGGACCAUUUCCAACGUCCUCAGCACAAGCACCGCCGUGGACUCAGAGCCCGUCACCAUUGCCAGUACCCCUCACACCCACAGCACUGCGACGCGGAAUGUGGAUAAUGGUGCCAACAAUCGCGGUCGGAAGCGCGGGGGUGGGCGUGAGGAUCCCCAGCCUACAGUCUUUCGCAUUGGUCGGUCCGUCGUGCAGCCGUCGUCUUCCCAGCAGGACGGCCAGAUGCUGGGGACCGGGAAUGUCGAAGAACCCGAGCGACCGGUCAAUCUGAUCACCACCGGCCCUAGCACGCCUAAAGCGCCGUCGGUCGGUCUGGAACAGUCGAUUUAGAGUAUCUUGGUGGAGGGAGAGCUUGGGGGAGGCAAUGGGGUGUGUUGCAGUCAUCAGGGUGAAAUGGGUGAAGUGUAGGGGUGGAUAGAUGGACUCGAGUUCUAUUAGAUAUAGUUGGAAUUUGGUACAUAGUAGACUCGUAAGAUAUCCAUAGACUACAAAGCAGUAAGA